UUGAUUCGACUCGUAGGUGUUCUCAACAAGAUAAAGACAGGCUUGGAAUAUGCGACCGAUUAUCUGGAGACUGCAAAGGAUAUCGCUGAUCUGGUUGCAAAAAGUUUAGGCGGUAAGCAAAAGGAGAGACGAGCAGAGGAUAAUAAAACAAAAGAGAAAGGAAGUUUCGGUCCUUCUAACGUUGUGUCCGCGUUCUUCCGUCUUUUUGGACUGGAUUCGCAGAAAGUUACAGCCAUUGCUGUGAACAGCGUUAUAUUUCUUGCGCAAAUGAUAAGUUCGUUGUUUAACUUGAAAGUUCCGAAAGAAAAUGCCGGCAGGAGUUUGGAAGACGAGACUGAUGCUUCAUCUUGGAAUCCAGCUAAACUUAUUACGGAGAGCAAGAGCGAGAGAAUACAAAACUUAAUCGAGCAAGCUCAUGAUGAGAAUCUACCGGUUCGACUGAUCGAAAAACUGGAUGGUGCUGAUUCCGCGUGUAUCAGAUUGCUGGUAUGCAAAAUUUCACCGGUGAUAAGGGCGACGCAGAAUUUCCUAAAAAACAAAGCCCAAUGUAAAUCACAUCGAAUGACUUCGUGGUUGCCCAAAAGAGACGAGUUCGAGGAAAACAGCGAUGAAUGCGAAAACACGCAUACCGAUUGCAAUUUAUUUUCCUAGCGGUAGUUAUUGGAUCGACCUGUAGUUUAUUUAACUUUAUUUGCUGCGAACUUGGUCGGGAAAAAGUGACGGUGGGCCUGCAGGAAUUUUUUCAGAAACGCUGUAAAACUGAACACUUGGAGUAUCGUAUUAAUUUGAAAGGAAAAUAGUCGAGACCUGUUUACGUGUAAUAGCUGCGUGUGAUGGAAUUUGCUAGGGAUGAAGGUGUUGGUUUGCAUAGCAUAUAUAUUUGCGUCCAUACAAAUAUAUACUAUAAUACAGAAUAUACAAGGUAUUCCAAAAUUAAUUUACUGAAUAUUGCACAUAGUUAUAUCUCUGGCGUACCGCGAGUACUCGUCGAUGAACGAAAAGAAGAAAGCAGCGAAGACAGAACUAUCUUCUUUCCUUCGAAUAUGCACCAUUUAUUUUGAAAUAAACAACGGUGAAUUAAGUUUGGCAAUACCCUUUAUAUUUCGAGCCAUCUCCGGGAUGGCUGCGGCCGCAUUCGAUUAUCCAAAUAAAAUUAUAUUGCUUGAAGUCGUUUAAUCUUUACAAACAACAUUUUGUCUCUUGUAUGUUACAUAAGAAAAUGAUUGUGAUCAUGGAGUAUGGAAUCGAAGCGUUUUCAUGGAAAAAUUAUCCCGGCCGCGUUACGAGGACGCUUAUCGUCCGCUUACCGAUUUUUAGCGACGAUUAACGAAAUAUUCAUCGAUAAUAUCCGUAUAAAACGCAUUGUGCGAGAGACAUAAUAUUCAGUUACGUAACAAAAUUACGCAAUCGAGUUAUAAAAUGAACUACUCGCAAAUUAUUGCACUGUAGACGAAGCACCUUUUGACCGAUUAAAUAAACGUAGAACCAUCGGACGUAAUAUAUUAACGAUUUAUCAACUUCCGAAGCAAUAAACGAUGACGAUACAUAUUUUUCACCGAGGGAAGAUACUUGUAUGAUUUAUAAGGACGGUGCUAAUGAAUGAUCUCUACUCUUUGAAAUCUUCGUGUCAGACGAAAGUGUCAAACAUCUUAAAGUAAUCCUACGAUUCCAAGUAUCGACUCAAUGUCCUAUUGGCAUUAACUUUAAUCGAUACAAAAUUAACUAUAUAGUUUGUUCGAUCGCUGUUCUUACGAUAUACGAACAUCGAUUAAUAUCAGGGCCGAUUGCUAAGUAAAAGAAUAUCGAAUGAAAUAUCAAUGAUAAGGUUAUAACAAGAAAGAAGGAACCAUUCGAGCAAUAACUACUUUGAAACAAGGUUCCUUGCGAAAUUACCGGAAAGUUUUCUACGUUAUAGUUACGUGUCAGACAUUUCACGUGUUUGCUGUCACGUUCCACAGUGUAGAAACUUUAAUCGUUCUACGCUAUACAUCUAAUGAGAUCAAAAUUAUUGCGAUCCAUAUGCUGUCGAAGGUUAAAUGUCGAUCGAACGUUUCUAAAAUUAAUAAAUCGAUACGAUAGCGUUAAUUAGUGGCUUCUGAUGAUCGAUCGAUCCAGAAACCUUACGGUAUAUACCGUCAUUACGCGUGAGUCAGUUUAGAAAGUCGAUAAUUAUGAAACUUUGGCGUUUGAUAGACAUCAUGGUAAACGCAGCGGAGAACUUCGUACGCGCUCCAAGUUCGAAGCUCGAAGAAGUUGUCGAUAAACUAACUCGAGUCGUCUACGAAUCCCUGUCUACUAUGGUAUGCGACUUACAACAUACACGAUAAUUAAGUAACUCGAUACAAAAGCUAAGUCUUUCCGUUGACAAUUUUGAUUCAGAUAUCACAUACGAUCUGAUAAAAGGAAAACCGAAUCGACACUUCUCGUACGACGAAGAUCACGCAUCGGUUUCAUCGCAUAUCCGUCUCAAACGCGAUGAACGCUACCUGAAAUCAUUCGAAAUAUCCGAUACAUGUAUAUUAUAGUAACCGUAUAUGAUAUAGGAGGUACGCAUAUUAUACAUUCUCGUUACAUUUACGGAAAAAUCGAUCUCGAAAAUAUAUAAAGGUUCAACAGACUGUUCGGGGAAAAAGGAACCAGCGGGUCGUAUCGAGCGAUACGGCCAUCGAGAAAUUCUUAUUUACAACAGAACUCCGUCGCGCCUGUAUUGAUCUUUGGGCUUCGCGCAAAUUCACGCAUUUGGCUCGUUCCCUCAACGACUCACGAGCUUUGCACUCGCUGAACGGCGCGAUGAUUCGUUUCCCUUUAUGAAAGUCUUCCGUUUUUACAUGGUCAUCCACUGUAACGUUAAAGUUACUAUUAAACGAACAGUGUCGGUUAAAAUUUUUGGGUAAAAUAAUAAUUACAUCGUCCUAUAUAGGCUGCUGUUCCGGAUAAAAUUUUAAGGAACGCCGAUGCGACCGAGCGUAUUAGAAAUGUAACGCGAUCACGUGCAUGACAGUAGUCUCGUCUCGAAGCUCGUAUCGGUUUCGUUUGAUGUUAGAGGCUCGAGACGACGACCCUGUGUGCAUUCGGUGAACGUCCGCGCUUCAUUGCAGUCUUUGUGGUAGAUUCAACGAUGAAACGAACUGAACUCGAUAGGAACAAGCAAAAGGGAGGUUCUCGAAUCAGCAUAAUAGGCUUGGCCAAGAUGGGUACACGAUCCAAAACGUGUUAACGACGAAUAUCGAUCGAAACUCUCGCUUCCAAACGACUUCUAACGACUAA